GUGGGGGGGGCGCGGAGCCGGGCUCCGGGCCGGCCGGGCUCCGCGCCUGUCAAACCCCUCAUUGUUCGCAGCUGAUGUCACUCGCAGUUGUGAGCGGCCGCCUCUCCCGGGGACAAUGUGGGACUGAGCGGCCCAGCCGCCGCGCCGCCGCCGCCGCCGCCGCCGCCGCAGGACAGCCCCAGCGAGCACGCAGGAGAGCAGCCCUGUGCAGACUGCUGGGCUCCUGGCAUCACCCCUUCACCCCACGAGCUGAAGGAACCCUGCUCUCAGAGCUGCCUGCAGAGAACCUCCGCCUUAGUGACCUCUGGAGAGCCGCCAGGCACCGUGGACACACUCCUAGGCUGCUGUGGCCCCAGCCCCGCCUGACAGGAUGAGCGGCUCAGAUGCGGGGCUGGAGGAGGAGCCAGAGCUCAGCAUCACCCUCACACUGCGGAUGCUGAUGCAUGGGAAGGAGGUUGGCAGCAUAAUUGGGAAGAAAGGAGAGACUGUAAAGCGAAUCCGGGAGCAGAGCAGUGCCCGGAUCACCAUCUCUGAGGGCUCCUGCCCCGAGCGCAUCACCACCAUCACUGGAUCUACCGCCGCUGUCUUCCAUGCGGUCUCCAUGAUCGCCUUCAAGCUGGAUGAGGACCUUUGUGCCGCUCCUGCAAAUGGUGGAAAUGUCUCCAGGCCUCCGGUGACCCUGCGCCUUGUCAUCCCUGCAAGCCAGUGCGGCUCACUGAUUGGGAAGGCUGGCACCAAGAUCAAGGAGAUUCGAGAGACCACAGGUGCCCAGGUACAGGUGGCAGGAGACCUGCUCCCCAACUCUACAGAGCGUGCUGUCACUGUGUCUGGGGUGCCUGAUGCCAUCAUCCUGUGUGUGCGCCAGAUUUGUGCUGUUAUUCUGGAGUCCCCACCCAAAGGAGCUACUAUCCCAUAUCAUCCGAGCCUCUCCUUAGGUACCGUCCUUCUCUCUGCCAACCAGGGCUUUUCCGUCCAGGGUCAGUAUGGGGCUGUGACCCCAGCUGAGGUCACUAAACUCCAGCAGCUUUCUGGCCACGCAGUCCCCUUUGCCUCACCCAGCAUGGUGCCAGGACUGGAUCCUGGCGCACAGACCAGCUCACAGGAGUUCUUGGUUCCCAACGACCUGAUUGGCUGUGUGAUCGGGCGCCAGGGCAGCAAGAUCAGUGAGAUCCGCCAGAUGUCAGGGGCACAUAUCAAGAUCGGGAACCAAGCGGAGGGUGCGGGCGAGAGGCACGUGACCAUCACUGGUUCCCCUGUCUCCAUCGCCCUGGCCCAGUACCUCAUCACUGCCUGUCUAGAAACGGCCAAGUCUACCUCUGGGGGGACGCCCGGCUCGGCCCCCACAGACCUGCCUGCCCCCUUCUCGCCGCCCCUGACGGCCCUGCCCACAGCUCCCCCAGGCCUGCUGGGCACACCCUAUGCCAUCUCCCUCUCCAACUUCAUCGGCCUCAAGCCUGUGCCCUUCUUGGCUCUACCACCUGCCUCCCCAGGGCCGCCGCCGGGCUUGGCGGCCUACACUGCCAAGAUGGCAGCAGCCAAUGGGAGCAAGAAAGCUGAGCGGCAGAAAUUCUCCCCCUACUGAGGCCGGCUGAGGCACAGGCGCAGGGGCAGGCAGGACCACCGGUAGGGGGCUGCCUCUGCACCCUACCUGCCCAAGGAGACUCCACCCUGGGGUCCCAAAUGCCACUAAUGCCCAGACGCAUGGAUGCACCCCCCACCCAGCCCAGGUCUGUGGGAGUUCCUCCUCUCAGAGUGGGAGCAGUUUCUGGCCCAGGGCCCGGGAGCCGCAGCAGCCCCAGGGUAGGGGGCUCCACCCCCUCUAGCUCUAUGCUUGGAUGCAGGGAGCAUCCUUAGUGCCCCCACUUCCGAGGGUCACUCAUGCACUCCCCAUCCCUUAGGGCUUCCCAGCCUACUGGCCCCCCCCGUGGGGAUCAGGGAGGAGGGCUGGGGGGUGGCUGGGGGCCGUGCUUCUCUCCCCACCUCCCUGCAGAUUCCUGCUGCUUCCACCGAUACCCUUUUGACUGGAAUGGACCUGCUGGGCUUGGCAGAGGGCAACCCAAAGAAGGGACCCUGCUGGGCAGCUGGGGGAGUGGCAUGGAGGCAGGGGCCGAAUUCUCAGCAGCAGACACUCUGUACAGUUUUUUCAAUCCCUGUUUUUGAAUAAAUAUUCUCAGAGACCAGGAA